GCAGACACAAUAUUAGACAGGUUUUAAUGUUAUGGUUGAUCAGUGUAUAUGUAUAUAACAUGUAUGGACAAAUGUAUUCAUGUCAUAAAAAACAAAUGAUUCUUGCACGAAAGUAAAAAUGAACAGUUUAUACUAUUUAGAAUGUUAUUUAUUUAUUUAUUUAUUUUUAUUUCAGAUGUAUGUCCUCUAACUCAAAUGAUAUACAGCUCUGGAACAAAUAAGAGUAUCUUUGAUUUUACCAAAAUUGAAAACCUCUGGAAUAUAGUCAAGAGGAAGAUGGAUGAUCACAACCAUCAAACCAAGCUGAACUGCUUGAAGUUUUUCACCAGGUGUGGCAUAAAGUUAUCCAAAAUCAGUGUGAAAGACUGGUGGAGGAGAACAUGCCAAGAUGCAUGAAAGCUAUGAUUUAAAAAAAUAGGGUUAUUCCACCAAAUAUUGAUUUCUGAACUCUUAAAACUUUAUGAACAUGAACUUGUUUUCUUUGCAUUAUUUGAGGUCUGAAAGCUCUGUAUCUUUUUUGUUAUUUCAGCCCUUUCUCAUGUUAAUUUGGAAUUCAUGUUUAUUUGGAAUUUGAAAGAAAUAUUGUCCGCAGUUUAUAGAAUAAAACAACAAUGUUCAUUUUACUUGUAAAUAGCAAAAUCAGAUACAUUUUUUCCAGAGCUGUAUAUUUAGUUGAUGUUUUAAGUGAAAUUAAAGUAAAACAGGAACAAAAUCUAGUGUUUGUGAAGUUUUAGUUCUUAGCACUCAGCAGGUCAGUUUUAUCAGGAACUGUCAGUUAAUGACAAAACUAGCUCUUCUUUAAUUGAUACAGUUCCAAUCCGCAUCACUGUAACAUUAAAAAAGACGAUAUGACAUAAAUCUGAAAAAGUGUUGCAGCUGCCUAGCUGUGUGUGUGACUAUGAGCGUGUGAGCUGUGUGUGUGAGUAAGUGGGCAUGCGUGCCAUGGCCUCCAGGUGCUGAACAAUGAAAAGCAGUGGUGGAUGCUGAGGAACCGCAGCGGUCAGCUGGGCUAUGUGCCCUGCAACGUGCUGGAGGAAGUCAAGGAGGGAGAGACAGUACAGUACAAUCGGGCUGCGCUCUUCAACAGCCAGGCCGCGAAUCCGUACAAAGCUAGCUCUCCCCCUGCCUCGGUAAAUCAUGGCGAGAGUGUGGAGAUGAAUAAAUCCUCGCGGGACAAAGACAACCGUACCCAGCAGAAGGAGAUGAACGAUGAGCUUUUGAAGCGGAUCACGGACAGCAAGGCUCAGCCACCUGCUCGCAACUUCCGUGUGGAACACUCCGCCAGAACUGCUCCCAUCACUUAUCAAUCUCAGCCUUACGAGGUCCAUGCCUGGCUCAACGCCAAGGGCUUCUCCAGGCCGGUGGUGGACUGUCUGGGUAUUCUGUCUGGAGAGCAGCUCUUCUCUCUGAGUAAAGACGAGCUGCGAGCGGUGUGUGGAGAUGAGGGCGCGAGGGUAUUCAGCCAGAUCAGUGUGCAGAAGGCCCAGAUAGAGAGGAGCUGUGGAAGCUCCGAGCUGGAGGAAGUCAUGAGGCGGCGGCAGCAGGAGGUGGACGCUUUUACUUGGGACUGAUUGCCUUCAAUCUGCCUGUCAAUCAAAACCCAGUUCCAUCCUGUCCUUUCAGCUCCACUGCUCACCUAACACACUCCCAGAUUCACCACAGUGGGAAUGAAUAACUCAGUGAAUGCUGUCACUAGCCUCUGUAAUAUACCACAUCGAACACUAGCUGCUGAAUCGCGCGACACGGAACGGAUCCGAACGCUUGUUUAUGCUAAUCCUGUAUUAUUUAUUCUUGUCUAUUUGCACUGAAUCUGUUUGUGAGACAAGAUGGAAGAAGACUGUAUGUAUAUAAUGAAGUCUGAAUUAAUAUUUGUGGCUCUUCCUGCAGAAUUAUGUUAAAAAAAUGUUUUUGUUGGGAAAGUUAUAGAUGCUGAAAGUAUCUCUGAUAUACUGAACCUUGUAUUUAAGACAAUAAACCUUUAAACAGAAUCAGUAUACCAGAUAAAGGGUGUAACUUUCACAUUUAUGACAAUUAAACGUAUUAAAAAUAUAUAUUU